AUGGUCAUGAGAAAGCCAGCACAUUUGUUUUUGGAUGAGCUUGAAAUUGCCUACGAUGACGAAGGUGACUAUGUCGUUGUGAAGCAUGCUGCUUUGUUCAUGUCUACUUUGAUGUCCAAGGUUUUGCAAUUCCCUAACGUCAAGUUGUUCAACGCCACUGCUGUGGAGGACUUGAUCACCCGCCGCGAUGAAACUACUGGAGAGUUGAGAAUUGCUGGUGUUGUGACCAACUGGACUUUGGUCGCUUUGAACCAUGACACGCAAUCUUGCAUGGACCCAAACACUAUCAAUGCCAACGUUAUUCUUUCCACCACCGGUCACGAUGGCCCAUUCGGUGCAUUUUCUGCAAAGAGAAUGCAAUCCUUGAGACCACUGAGCGGCUCUGACUCCUUCGAAUUGGGUGGAAUGAGAGGUCUUGAUAUGAACAAGGCGGAAGACGCCAUUGUCAAGGGUACAAGAGAAGUUGCCCCAGGAUUAGUCAUUGCUGGCAUGGAAUUGGCUGAGGUUGAUGGUUCCAACAGAAUGGGUCCAACUUUCGGUGCUAUGGCUCUUUCUGGUGUGAAGGCUGCUGAGUCUGUUUUGAAUGUGUACGAAUUGCGCAAGAAGCAAAACGAAACCUGCUACGGUGGUUUGUACUAG